AUGCACCGGCUUUUUACUCUGAUCCUGUGUGUGAUUACUGUCCAGGCGCAGCUCGAUACGUUCGACUACUGCAUCCGUAUGACUCCUUCUCCCGGAUUGCUGCAAUGUGCCGGCCAGCAAGCACUCUCGUCGCUGCAGUUUCUAGAGGAAGCGAACAACUUCACACUCACCAACGGAUUGCUCAUGAUCAAGGACGAGUCGCUUGUCCCAUCUUCACGCAUUAUCCCCAACAUCGUUGACCACGAUCCGCUCGAUUUCAGAUGCCCUGAUUUUGGUUUAUUUCUUUUUUUGCAUUUUUCACACCAUUUCCACGCUUACCUUCAUCAUAAAAAUUCGACACCCUGCAGAGGAAUUCUGGAGAAUGCAGGUGCCGUGAUGGCGCAGCGGCAACUACUCUGGGACAUGGGCAUCAUCUAUCCGGGACUGAAGCUCAAGCUGGGCCCAACCAUUGGUGCAGCCGGGCUGCUGGAAUUUGUGCUCGAUCCGUCCGUGCAGAACGACGAACGGUCGCUGUUCGAAGAAAAAUCGACAGCACGGAUACUAACCAAAAGCUUCGUGGUGCCAUUUCUGCUCGGGCUUAAAUUCAACCUGGCAACACUGCUGCCGCUCGUAUUUGGCGGGCUCAUCCUACUCAGCAAGAAGGCGCUCAUCCUUGGCAAAAUAGCGCUUUUCCUUUCCGGUUUGUUCGGAUACGGGUCAUUUCUAACGCCUGCCCUGUACGGUGGCGGAUACGGUGGUUAUGGGGGAGGUUUUACCGGUGGUCACGGUGCCAUCGGUGGAUUCGGGCUCGGCGCCAAACCCUUCCGUUACAACAACCCUCUCGCCGACAGUCCCGACUUUGACAAUCAUCAACAUCAUCACCAUCAUCAUCACGAUGACUACCACCAUGGUGCUGGAACGUCCCAGGAUUCGCAGACCAGCGGCGGAUACUACAAAAAGAAGGACAAGUUCCUCAAUCUGGAUGAGCGCGUUGAGCCACAAACGGCGUCCUCGCUGGUGGACAAAUUCUACGAGUACGAGAAGCAACAGAUGCUUAAAGACCGAACGGCACGACUGUUUGAACGAAAGUUUUACGAGCGGGAGCAACCUCAUGCAGGUGGUGGAUCCGCUGGUCCCGACUAUCCCUUCGUCACUCCAGACUUGGCAACGGAGCGCAACGAACGUUCACUACCGGACGGUGGUGAUGGAUCUAGCAGGCGGAACUUUGCCUGGAGCGAUCACUAGUGCAGGAAAGUGCAAAUUGACGCGUUCAAAGAAAGCGUACCAAACAUCGUAUGUCUCAGUAUUAAGAGCAUUUUUCUGCUAAAUGCUUUUGAAGCAUUGGCAAGCUGGUGAUGAAUUUACAUAUUAACUAAUUUGCUCCGAGUUUGUAGCAUCGGAGUAAGUCUCUACUGUAUUUUCAUUAUAUGAAAUUUUUACUUUUAUAUUUUCUUUUAAAAUAAAAUUA